UCAGGCUCUACCAUACGUUGAUAAUAUGAUUUUAAUAUCAUAGGAUAAUAUAUAACGUCCGCUUUGCCGUAACAUUUAUUUAAAGACGUAUCCCAGCCACGUCGUCGUGAUUUUCCCUGAGAUAAAUAAAUGGUUUUCACUCAUGAAUGUCUGAAAUGCGGAAGAAUUAGCAUGAAAGAAGUUCGAAUAAUCCGGAAAUCAAACUCGUUUUCGCAAUGUGUCAUUCAUGUAGGCUGAUGUAACUGCUUGCUUUUCGGCGUAAUCACCUUGAUUGCUUCUGGUUUGACAAGCAGGGGGCAAAAUGGUUAGAAAAUUGCAGAAUUUCUAUGUCGAAAUUGACGGUAACAAAGAGGUGUUCUACCCAGGCGAAGAUGUACGAGGCAAUGUUGUCGUCGACGUUUCACAGUCAAUGAAAUGUAAACAAAUAAAUGUUGUGUUGGUUGGAGCCUCUUACUGCCACUGGACAACGACGAGGACGACGACUGAUAAUAGAGGAAACUCCAAAACUGAAACUGAUCAUCACACCGGCCAUCAGUUAUUGGUGAAUUUACAAGGUGUUCUUUUCGGAGGAAGUUCAACCAAAGCAGUACAGCAUCCUCCUGGCAUACAUGUUUAUCCAUUUCUAUUUAAACUUCCCUCGCCUUUACCCAGUUCGUUCGAAGGAGGCACUGGUCACAUUCGCUAUUACGUAGAAGCAAAAGUCGAUCGACCGUGGAAGUUUGAUCAUAAAAUUCGAAAGCCCUUCACUGUCAAUGAAAUUAUCGAUAUUAAUCUUCCUCAGUAUUCAACAGUUCCUGUUGGAAGCAAAGAGAAGCAAAUUGGAUGCCUUUGUUGUGUAUCUGGCAACCUCAACAUGCAAGCAAGUCUUGAUAGAGCAGGCUAUUGUCCUGGUGAGCAAAUCUUCCUCAAUGCGCUGUGUGAGAACUCGUCAACUCGAGAAAUGCGUUGUAUGAGGGCGACACUUAUACAAAAUAUUUUGUUCCGUGCAGCAGACGGACAUACAACAGGAAGUUCAAUAGCAAUUACACGUUUUGAAGGUGGUAAAAUCCCAGCAAGAGGCCAGGACUUAUGGAAUAACCAACCAUUCCUAAUUCCACCAGUUGCUCCAACAAUUAACACCAACCCUGUGAGUGUCAGUUACCAUGUCAAGUUUGAUGUGAGAGUGCCCAUGGGGCUUAACCCAAAAAUUCUGCUUGGUAUUACUAUGGGUACCGUACCUUUUCAGCGAACCUUUGGCAGACAAUGUUCCUAUGAGCUGGCUGAAAAUCAGGUGAUGGAAGCAGGGUACACACACCAAGUACAGCCAUUGGCAACACAAUUUGGGCCAACCACAUCCACCCUUGGCUACCCUGACAUGCCCCCACCAAGCUAUGCCGUGGCAGUUGGAGGUUUGCCUGUGAAUGUUGGUGAUGCAGAAGCCAGAUCACAUUUUGGAGAUCAAAGCUAUGUGCCAAGGUACACCUAUGCUCAACCAUUCCAAGGGCAGUUCCCACAAACUGCCCCUUCAGGCCAAUUUGGUAGUGACAUUGCAAAUCUACCACCACAUUCUGGUGCUUAUCCUGGCACAUCUUCAGAAAACUGGCCAUCCUGGUCAAAGGCACCCCAUUAAGGUGCACCAGUUAUGCUACUAAUAUAUUAUUCAGUUCACAUGCUGUCAUAACUGUUGAUCCUUUCUACAUUUUUGACCCUUCAAUAUAAACAAUCAAUGCUGUAGCUAGGAUGUACAUUUCCAAAUAAUUUCAUUCACAUAUUAGUCAAUAAGAAGAGAAACAAGGUAUCAGUAAGCCACUGUUUAUGUAAGACAUGGUUUGGGUAUAACUGUAUGUCUGUAUCUUGAUAAUUUAUAAUGGAGUAUAUAUUUCAAAUGCUGUGAUGUUUUGGAAUUGUGUAUGUUUACAAGAGGGUAAAUAGAAGUUAUAGAACAUAGGAUAGAACAUAGGAUGUUUUUAUGAAUAUGUCAAUUUCAUAAAGGUUGUGGGUGUUUACAAUGCCCAGGGCCAUAGCUAGAAGCUUGAUUGGGGGUUGUAUUAAUAAUAUAUUCAUCUUAUGCCUGACUAAUUUCCUUUGUUCCUUUCAUAUAAACAUGAAUACAUGAAUGUACACUCUCCCCCCCGAAUUAAGAUGUCCAGCAGCAGCCCUGGAGUAUGUGGCGUAACUAGAACGAUAA